AAAUGUCACAUAUUCACCUGGGAAUCAGAAGAGAUUGGAUAAAAGCGACGUGCGACUCAUCCCUGGGAAUAAAACCACCUCUGUUCAAGGACUUAAUCUUUUGCAUUAAGGAGAAUAACAUCUACAGGCAUGGAUAAACGACUGAUCCUCAGUUUUUUGUUGGUGACACUAUCCUUGGAAUUUAUGGCCACCUCUGCUCAAAGCAACGCAACCACAGUGGCACCAUCCAGCAACGCAACUACAGUGGCACCAUCCAGCAACGCAACCACAGUGGUACCAUCCAGCAACGCAACUACAGUGGCACCAGCCAACAACGCAACUACAGUAGCACCAGCCAACAACGCAACUACAGUGGCACCAGCCAGCAACGCAACUACAGUGGCAGCCAGCAACGCAACUACAGUGGCAGCCAGCAACGCAACCACAGUGGCAGCCAGCAACGCAACUACAGUGGCACCAAACACUCUCCCGGCAGUGGCCACUAUUUCUCGUCAAGAAUGCGGCUCCUCAAAGCUCUGUGCAGCUGAACCCUCAGAGUGCAGUCCCGCUUCUGGAAGCUGCUAUUUCCUUUCUGCCAAGCAACAAAGUGGCCAAAAUUACAGCUUUGAGCUCUCAGGACAGUCAGACGGCUACAUUGCUGCUGGUGUGUCAAGUACUGCAUCUCAGACUGCCCGUCACAGAGCCUACAUCUGCGCCAACAACAACGGUGCUGUCCGUUUCUUCACCGGCUUCAUCAAUAAUCUGGUUCUAAAUCUGACAGAGUCGCUGGACUCAAGCAAUCAGCGGGGAUCAAUCAACUCAGGCAAAAUCCAGUGUACAUUUUCAGCCGUUCUUCCUGACACGACGACACGAGCAGCAGGCUACUCCCUGUCCGUUACAACUGGGCCUUACGAUUCCAGUUCUGGGCAACCAGGAACAGCAAGCUUCAGAAUACUAACGCCUGUCGUGAACCUCUCCGACCCUACAGCCAACGUCAGCAAUUUGCUGAGCAACAGCACUUCGUCUGCUUACCCGGUCACACACACACACUCGUUCUUGCCAGUCCUGCUGGUCACUGUGUCAAUGCUGGCUUUCACAACAGCAUGAAGCAACUGACCUCCACCACGACACAAGAGAACGAAAACAGACUUUUUUUUUCAAGAGGCCUGAAGCAAGUCGCCAUGAUUUUCACCAGCUUACCUCAUCAUGCAUAGCAGCAUUUGGGUUGAAAGGUCUGGCUGCCUUUGAAGCCCAUUUUACUGGUGCAUGUUGAACACUUCCAAUCUGAUUCCUUCUGAUUUUAUGUGAUUUUAUUCUUUGUUGUAAUUGUUGUGUCAUUCCUGAACUAUGAAGCCUUUACUGGCUAAUGUGAAUGGGUUUGUUGAUAAAAACAAAUGCUAAUUGUGGUACCAACUGUUGGUGGAAGGUAAUUUAAACAUUUGCACAAAUAAAUAAAAAUUCCUAAUGGCAAAUAUAUUUUAAAAUAAAAAUACUUGCUAAACCUGUUUGCAACAAAAUGUAAAUAAAUAUUUCUUUCUCCAGGAA